UAAAACUCAAUUGACAAAUAAAGUGCAAAGCAGGUGAAAAUCGAAUUUUUGAUUAGAUUGAGCUGAAAAACUAGAACAAAAUAACCGGCACCCAAAUUCAUUGACUAUAGCACAGCUCCAAAAUUAAUAUUAAUAAUUUUAAGUUAAGCAAGGAAAUGACAGACGUUCAGUAAAAAUUAUUUAGAAUAUUUGAAAUAUUGAUUAUACUUACUUUAUAUGUACUAAGUAACAAGACAGAACAAUUUAUUCAAACAUUAAAAAGACCUCAUAAAUGUAUAGAAAGUAAAUAAUUUUUUAGUGAACAAAAUACCCGACUAAGAUGAGCUCAGUGAAAUCCGUACUUUGCGUGGGCUGCACGGUGAUUGACUUCGUGACCAUCAAUGGGAGCUAUCCCAAGGAGGACACCGAUCGGCGUUGCCUGGACGGAUUCUGGCAACGUGGCGGAAACGCCUCUAAUGUCGGAUGGAUUCCGAGUGCUUCUAGACGAUCUCUCGAAGCGGGAAAUCGGCACGAAUGACUGUCCCUUUACGGACAGGGAUCCACCCUUCUCCUCGGUGAUCCUGGCUCAGGAUUCCGGCACCCGCACUAUUAUCCACUGCAAUAAGGACUACCCGCAGACCACCUAUGAGGACUUCAGCAAGAUAAACCUUUCGCAGUAUGGAUGGGUUCACUUCGAGGCUCGCAACACGCCGCACACCUUAAAGAUGAUGCAAAGCAUCCGGGAGUACAACCAAAGGACCGGUCAAGGCAUCAUUAUCUCGUUGGACUUCGAAACGAGGUAUGAACAGAACCAGGAACUGUGUGCGCCCUGCGAUUAUGUGGUCUUUUCCAAGGAGCUGGCUGGUCAGUUGGGCUGGAAGACACCGCGGCAGUCGUGUGAGGAGUUGGCCUCCAAAAUUCCAGGAGGUGGUCCGAAUCCUGUCUUCAUUUGUCCCUGGGGAAGCGCCGGAGCUGGAGCUUUGGAUGCCAAUGGGAACUACUAUGAAAUGUCCUCCUAUAAACAGGAUAAGGUGGUGGACACGCUGGGAGCCGGUGACAGUUUCAUGGCGGGAUUCAUCUACGCCACCCUCGAGGCUCGUCGAAGUCUAGCGGAAGCUGUUGACUUUGCCAACCGAGUCGCCAGUCACAAAAUCACUGGAUUCGGCUACGAACAUAUUUCACAGCUUAGCUUAACCAAGUAAAUAUUGGUUUAAUUCUAGCUUAGAUUAAGUCACAUUGAAGGAAUUUAUUAAGAUAAAAGCCUGGCAACAAAAAUUGCAAAUUGCAUUAAAUAUUAUUGAUUGUUAAACAGAAUAAACUAAUACGUGCAUCACGCUCAAUUAAGAAAGUUUUAAAGCAUAUGUAAAACAUUUUUUUGAUUUAUAUGAUAAAAUGAUGACAUCUCUCGAAAU